AUGUUGUGGACCCCUACUAUCCUGGCUUCGACCUUGACGGCUUUGCUUGUCACCGCUGCACCUCCUCAUUCGCUCGGCAAGCGGAACGCGGAUUGCUUUGCCGACAAUGUCGAUGGAUGCUACUACGACACGGUCGGACGCAAAGGCGCUGCUGCAUCUGAAGUUGGAACCUGCUCGGCUAUCGCCAUUGAUAUCCUCAAAGCUGGUGGAAAUGCCGCCGACGGGAUGAUCGCCAGCGCUCUCUGCGUCGGUGUGGUCAACGCUUUCCAUUCCGGGAUCGGAGGAGGUGGCUUCAUGCUGGUGCGAUACUUGAACGACGACGGGACGCACGGAUACGAGGAGAUCGACUUCAGAGAGACCAUGCCUGCUGCUGGAAACGUCACCAUGUACUCUGCUGCGGGUGCCAACCAAACCUUAUCGACUAUCGGAGGUCUCGCUGUCGGAGUUCCCGGAGAAAUGCGAGGAUGGGAACAAUUGCAUAGCCGUCACGGCCGCCUUCCCUGGGCCGAGCUAUUCCAACCUGCCAUCCACCUCGCGCGAAACGGUUUCGUAGUCAAUGUCGACCUCGCCGACGCUAUCGCUCAAUACGCCACUGGUUUCAUUAUCUCGGAUCCUAACUUUGCUGCCACCUACGCUCCGAACGGAACUACACUCAAGCAGGGUGACACGUGUUACAGGCCGAACUUGGCGGACACCCUCGAACUGAUCGCCAAUGAAGGUGUGGAGGUGUUUUACACCGGAAAGAUCGCUCAGGGGAUCGUCGAUACCACCAGCAAGACCGGCGGUAUAAUGACUCUGGACGAUCUGGCUGGAUACGAGGCUAUCAUCCGAGAACCCGUCAACAUCACUUAUCGUGACAAGCGAAUCUUCUCGACCGUCGCCCCUAGCUCUGGAAGCGUCGUCUUGUCCGCGCUCAAGAUCUUCGAGGGAUACAACGGUUCUUACUCGGAUAGCGAUCCCGAAAUCAAUGUCACUACCCAUCGACUCAUCGAGGCCAACAAGUUCGCUUACGGUCAGCGAUCCAACUUCGGCGACCCAGCCUUCACCCCGAACGUGACCACUCUUGAGCGCCUCUACUUGACCGAACCUGUUGUCGAAGCCGCUCGAGCCAAGAUCAACGAUACCGCAACUUUCGGAACAUCUUUCUACACCCCUAGCGGCUAUGUUCCCGGCCCAGAGGCUGGAACCAGUCACUUGGCUGUUGUUGACGGUGACGGUAUGGCUGUCUCGCUGACGACUACCGUCAACACCUACUGGGGAAGCCGUACCAUGACGGACGACGGAAUCGUCCUGAACAACGAGAUGGACGACUUCUCCUCUCCCGGUCAGGUCAACUCCUUCGGCUUUGCUGCCAGCCCGAUCAACUACAUUGCUGGAGGCAAGCGACCUCAGUCUUCCAUUGCCAGCUCAAUUGCCGAGGACCUCGAGACCGGAGAGCUGAUGAUUGCUACCGGAUCGGCGGGAGGAUCGAGGAUCAUAACUGCUACCCUGCAAGAAUUAUAUCAUUAUAUCGACCAGAAUCUCAACGCCAGCGGUUGUACCCACCACCCACGAUGGCACGACCAACUCAGCGGAACUACCUACUUCGAGCUCCCGGACCUCAGCAAAGGAUUGGUCGGUUAUAACAAUGGUACUGUCGCCUACAUGAAAUCGUUGGGUUACAACGUUACCUACCAGGGAAUCAGCGGGUCGACUUCGCACGUCGUCGCUAGAUUGCCGGACGGGAGCUUGGAGGCUGCGAGUGAUCCCAGGAAGGCUGCGGGUUACGGCGCUGCGUUUUGA